AUGACUAAGAAUCGUGAACUUCAUUCUCUCCAUGCAACUUUCAUGUUUCGUUUAUCAAAGCACCUCAGGAGAGUUUUGUUUGCUUCUAUAUUUUGUGACACGAUAUGUUGUAUCCUUAAAAAUUGUCAUCGGUUGUUCCUUUCAUCAGACCAUGUUGUUAGAAAAAGGGAGCUCAUGACAUUUAGAUUUAGUUUACUUUAUGAGAAUUCAGAACAUGGAGAUUGCAAGAGAUGA